GGCACGCACUUCCCUUUUUGUCACAGUCAUGCGAUUUGCUGCUGUUAAAAGUGAAAGUAAAAUUAUAUUUCCGACAUUUUGUUGACACUCACUUCGGACCGAAGACAUUUCACAUCCUCUUGAGAGCUUCUCGAUUAUACAGAAAAACCAAGACGAAGAGACCGACAAAAACAAACUACGCAGACAUAAUGGCAUGUGAUUCACAGGAUCUGAGGAUUGUUCUGCUGGGAGUUUCUAGUGCUGGAACGAAUUCAAUAGGAAACGCAAUACUGGGUCGAGAGGUGUUUAAAGAGAGCAGAACCACAGAGAGUGAGAUACAGAGAGGAAGAGUAGAAGACAGAAACAUCUCCAUCAUAAACACUCCAGGAUUCGUCAACACUCACCUGACUGAGGAAGAGCUGCAGGAGCAGAUGAUGAAGAGUCUUGAUCUCUCUGAUCCUGGUCCUCAUGUGUUCCUGCUUGUCAUCGACCUGGAGACCUUUGAAGAGGAUGAGAGGAACAUUGUUGAGGAAAUAUUUGGAGUUCAAGCUUUAAAGUUCACCAUGGUGCUGUUCACUGGAAGAGAACUAAUCUCAAAGAAAAAAUGGCAGGAAUUCGAAUUUAGUGAAAAUUUUCAGAGACUAGUCAGUAAAUGUAGAGCAUAUCAUGUGAUCAACAGUAAAAAUGAGAUUAAUCAAACUCAUAUCAAAAAGCUUUUAAAGAAGAUCGAUGAAUUCAUCAAACAGAAUAAGCAGCACUUCAAUAACGGGAUUGACUCAGUUUCUCAAACUAGGAGCACAAAAGAAAAGAAAAAACAAGAAGAAAACCACAGAAAAAAGGAGCAAGAGAAAGGCAGACAAGAGCAAGCAAUGCAGGAGACUUUUGAAAUGAACAGUGCAAUGGAAGGAGCAACUGUGUUUGAACCAGAAAAAAUUCGACUAAGAAAGAAAACUCAUGUAUAUGAAGAAACGGGUCUACAAGAAAUGGCCUCAUUAGAUAGAUUUCUGACAUUCUCACAUGAAAGAAUGGGAAAAGAAAAUGAAGUCAAAAAACCGGAACGCAGCUGGAAAAAGAGCCAGAAGAAACAAAAGACAGCAGAAGAAAAAUAUCCAACUCAACCAGGUGGACGUCAAUAUUUGGCGGUUUGUUUCAGGCUCUUUUGUGUUCUUCUGCUGGUCUUCAUCAUACUGCAGAACAUCUCCAUCACAGCAGAAAGAGACCGGUUAAAGAGUUGCAAGAACACAGUCCAAGAGUUUAAUCAGACGAUCAACAGUUUACACGACAAAAAUUCUGAAUUAAAUACUGAAAAAGACCAGUGGUAUCAAUUCACCAAAAACCAAGGAGAGAAGAGUAACACACUUACCCGCAGCAGUGUCAGCCAUUUUCUGCUGAACUACGGUAGGCGCGCAAGGACAAAAUAAUUAAUGUCUGCAAUGCAUUAACCACCAGGGGGCAUCAAAACACCGUUUGAUUUAAUUUACCCUCUAAUUUCAUGUAAUU